AAGUUCUACAAGUAGGAACUAGAAUUUUUUUAUCUCUUAUUCUAACCAUUUUUGGUAAAAAAAGGCUUCUAAAUCCAUACCCAACAGAAAAUUUGUGCCUUCAUCUUGAAGCAUGGAAGAUCAUGGGCAAAACCCAAGGAAAAGACACAAUGUUUUUGGUGUGUUCGUGGAUAAGUCACUUGGUCACCAAUCUUCUGUUGCAGAGGACCAUGAUCCCAAGAAGCUUAAACACAAUUCUGAAGCCCCAUUAUCAUCAAUAGAUCAACAAGCACCUGUCUUAGCUCUUCCCAACAUGUUGGUUUCUGCUUUUGAGGAGAACACCACAGAUGGUAUCAAAUUUCAACUCUUUGUGAGCAAAUCUUAUAGUGCAUCCACUUCCACUUCACCUCCACCAGUAUACACAUUGAAAGUCACAAGUGCAUCAAACAACAAUACGGAGGUUGAACCUGCAGGGAACAUAGCUGAUGGAGGAGUAGCACCAGUGUUGACAGAAACGAGAAUAGUAGCUGAGGGUCAAUUUAUGCUACGCUCUAGGCUCUAAUAUUAUCUUUGAAGCUUUGUCAAGUACUUCAACUUAGAAGGUGUUCAUGUAACUGUGUUAAUGCAAUACUUUCCAAUACAACUAUUAUAUUUUUCAGUCUUUGUUUUCUAUUUUGCUUUUACCCUGUAAGAAAAUAUGGAUUUAUGGAGUAAGCAAUGGUCUAUUCUCGUAUCA